UGGGGGGCUUGGGGCUUUUUUCUUUCUUUCUUUCUCUUUGUCCAGAGAGCCUUAUGUAAGAACUCUUCUUGGGAAACAGGAAGUCCAGCUUGCCAAGUUCAGCACAGGGAGUAGUGCAGGCCGGGUUCCAGCACACCCGGCCCAGCCUUAACCCCAGCACCCUGCCAGUUUCUUGUCCCUGGUUCUCCUUCCUGCUGGCCCCUAAAUCCCUUUCUUUUAAAAUCUCCAGUCACCCCUAACAAACCUCCUCAGAGAUCUCACCAUGUCUGACCCAGAGAAUCUACCACGCUCACCUUCUGAACCUCAGUGCUGCCAAUUCCUGCUCCUGGCACCAUGCCCUGUAACCAACAGACCUUCCCACCUCCAGCUCAGGGGCUGUCCCUGGGCUCCUGAAUGCUGGCCGCUCCUUCUGGGUGUCCUGGGCCACGCUGUCCUUCCUAGAUAACUGGCACCAAAAUAUCCUGAGGCCUGGGGUGUGUGUACCAGAGUGACACCAGCUCUACAGUGGGGACCAGGAGUACUAACAGUACCUCUGGCUUGAUUUCUUCCUCUCUCCCUUUUCUUCUCUAGUUCCUUUUUUAUUUCUCCCUUGCGUAACGCGCUCUUCCCUUCUGUGCCUUUGCCUGUAUUCCCACCCUCCCUGCUACCUCCCGGCCACCUCACUUCUGAGACCACAGCUGUUGGCAGGGUCCCCAGCUAAUGCCAGCCUCAUCUCCGGGCACCAUGGGGGGCUCGGUCCGAGAGCCAGCCCUUUCAGUUGCUCUUUGGCUGAGUUGGGGGGCGGUUCUGGGGGCUGUGACCUGUGCUGUCGCACUGCUGAUCCAACAGACUGAGCUGCAAAGCCUCCGGAGGGAGGUGAGCCGGCUGCAGCGGAGCGCAGCUCCUUCCCAGAAGCAGGGAGAGUCUCCGUGGCAGAGCUUCGGGGAGCAGGGUCCUGCUGUCCAGGAAGCCUGGGAGGAUGGCGAGAAACCUCGGAGACGGAGAGCAGUACUCACCCAGAGGCGCAAGAAGAAGCACUCCAUUCUGCAUCUUGUUCCAGUUAACCUUACCUCCAAAGAGGACUCUGAUGUGACCGAGGUGAUGUGGCAGGCAGCUCUUCGGCGUGGGGGAGGCCUGGAGGCCCACGGAUGCGUGGUCCGAGUCUGGGACACUGGAAUUUAUCUGCUGUACAGCCAGGUCCUGUUUCAUGAUGUGACUUUCACCAUGGGUCAGGUGGUGUCUCGGGAAAGCCAAGGGAGACAGGAGACUCUUUUCCGAUGUAUCCAAAGUAUGCCUUCUGAUCCCGACCGCGCCUACAAUAGCUGUUACAGUGCAGGUGUCUUUCAUUUACAUCAAGGGGAUAUUCUCACUGUCAAGAUCCCACGGGCGAAUGCCAAACUUAGCCUUUCUCCGCACGGAACCUUCCUGGGGUUGGUGAGACUCUGACUGUUAUUUAAGGGGUUCGAACCUGGGAAGACCAAUCUGGAUCUCGCCCCACAGAGGACAAAUGGUCAAAUACAGCCCUCCUUGCUUUUGACCUGGUGACUCUUGUUCCUCCCUUUGCCUUUUCUGCUCCCACUCCCUGGGCCCUGACUUCAUGGAUAUUAAAAUGGUAGAAUAUUUUGCGUUUA